CCAGCGCGAGCAUCUGACACGAGAGCUUCAGAAGUCCUUCACAGCGCUCGGUUUAGGGGAAAAUGCGGCUGGGGAACGCUAUGCUGGAAGUCUGGCUCCUUGUAAAGCACCAGUGAUGGAUGUUUAAGGAUGUUAUGGGAUUACUGUGGAGUGCUUCUAUGGAAUAAGGUUGCAGCAUGGAAUCUCAUGGAGAAAACAGGCUCAGCACUUGAACUCCGUCCAGCCCAUAGAGAGGACAACCUGGAAUUAGUCUCAUUAUCCUUUUAAACCUAUUCAGCUGAACUGGAACUGUGUUUACUAGAGUGACAAGUGUACAGAAUAAACCAUGCAUUUGGGCAGAGGACUGCUGUUUUUCCUUCUCUUAAACAGCGUGACCAUGAGUUUCUCUCUGUCGACCUGCACCACGGUGGACAUCGACCACAUCAAGAAGAAGAGAGUGGAGGCCAUCCGGGGUCAGAUCCUCAGCAAGCUGCGCCUGACCAGCCCGCCGCAGACCCUGGGCCAUAGUCAGGUGCCCUAUCAAGUGCUGGCCCUCUAUAACAGCACUAGGGAACUGCUGGAGGAGUUAGGGCGAGACAGACAUCAGAGCUGCGGCCAGGACAACACCGAGACCGAAUACUACGCUAAAGAGAUACACAAAUUCAACAUGAUCCAGGGCUCCCCUGAAAACAAUGACCUUCCCUACUGCCCCAAGGGAAUAACAUCAAAAGUUUUCCGCUUCAACGUCUCCAGCAUGGAGAAGAACGCCACCAACCUGUUCCGGGCAGAGUUCCGUGCGCUGCGGGUGCCGAACUCCAGCGCCAAGAGAAACGAGCAGCGCAUCGAGCUCUACCAGAUUCUUCGUCCAGAUGAGCACAUCGCUAAGCAGCGUUACAUCGGCGGCAAGAACGUUCUGACUAAAGGAAUGCCGGAGUGGGUUUCCUUUGACGUCACUGAGACCGUACGGGAGUGGCUCAUGUAUAGAGGAAUAAGUGCUGCUGAAGCUGAAUCCAGACGUCAGCGUGAGCUCUGGUCCACUUUGCAGCGAGACAUAAUACGCAGUUCUUGCUUUGGGACUGACUGUGCUUCUGCUGUGUCCUCAGGGAUGGACAGUGAGUACGAGGAGCAGAACCGCUGGGAUUUGGGUCGACUAAAGAAGCAGAAGGAGCAGCUUCUCCCUCAUCUGAUCCUGAUGAUGCUGCCUCCACACCGGCUGGACGUGCUGCCCACCUCUAGACGACGCAAACGCGCGCUGGACACCAACUACUGCUUCUCAAACUACGAGGAGAACUGCUGCGUUCGGCCGCUGUACAUCGACUUCCGGCAGGAUCUGGGCUGGAGGUGGAUCCACGAGCCGAAAGGGUAUCACGCCAACUUCUGCUCGGGGCCGUGUCCGUACCUCCGCAGCGCUGACACCACGCACAGCUCGCUGCUGAGCCUGUACAACACACUGAACCCCGAGGCGUCCGCUUCCCCCUGCUGCGUUCCUCAAGACCUCGAGCCGCUCACCAUCCUCUACUACGUGGGCCGAACGCCUAAAGUGGAGCAGCUCUCCAACAUGAUCGUCAAAUCCUGCAAGUGCAGCUGAGGGGCCCCGAGACCCCAGCCCUGAGCCCGACGCGGGUCCCAGCGCUCGAGGGCCAACAGGAAGGGUGCGUGCCAGGAACUGGACUCUAAAUGAAUACCUCCGUACAUCCUUCUCACCCACAUCCAACCCGGGAGCCAGAGGCUUCUCUAAGCACUAGAAAGUUGCGUUCCAAGACGACUACGCUGCCCCACGAUCCCUCGGACUUCUAGUUUGACGUUUGAAGUGACUUGUCCACUUGUAAUGUGUAAUUUUUGGUCGGGUCUUUACCUGCGAACCUCAUGGGCAUUUGUGAACUCUGACCUUCGUAACAUCUACAGAAGCGGCUUCACUGAGGACGACACACGUGCUGGAUCGACAUACACCGACCGAACGAGAGCAGACGUUAGCCAAUCCUUGUGUUUUUGUAUAACGAUGUUCUAACAUAACUCAUUUGAGCACGGCAUUUCCCCGACCGAACUUUGUAACGCAGUAAUCGACACGGUCUGUCUAACGUGACGGUGUUAAUGUUAAUACAAACAUGCUGGAAAGAAAUCUUUUGACUAAUGUUUACCUCUGUCACUCGGCAGAAGUUUUAGGGAUUUGUAUAGUUCUUCAAUGAAGCUGACGUCUGGAAACACAUGAACUUUUAGAUCACAAUCUGCUAAUGUUUUUACCACUAUUACUCCUGAAAACACUUUUUUAAUUAAACAGUCUUGGACGAAAAGAGUUUGUCAUGAGUUUCAGAGAAUCCACAUCAUCUCGACUAUUAUAAAGAGUGAACACACAAGAGUAGCAAAUGCUGAUUGCAUAGCUUGCUUUAACAACCUAUUUUUUUUCUUAAAACAGAAGUAAUCACAAAAAGUAGCUGAAAUUUCUUUCAGUUUACGGAUACAAAUGAAUGCUAAACAGGUACUGUAGCAUAAACGCACAAAUCAUUUGUUACAUGUUUUUAAAGGUCAAUCAAGUUUCACGACUCACAUCUUGAUGCAUAACAUCGGAG